AUGGACAUUAUGCCACGACAGGUAUUUUGCCUUUUAUCAGUGAUCCUGAUUAGUUCUCGUGCCAUCCACUGCGCCCAAUGCCCGCCCGGCUGGCUGAAAUGGCAGCAAUCUUGUUACAUCUUACUGCCGGACAAGAUGAAUUGGUUUGAGGUAUCGGAGGCUUGCAACCGGCCGGGAAGCAGCCUCUUCGUACCCAACUCGCGGGAAGAAAACGACGUCAUCUGGCAGUCACUUGGGAUACAGACUGGCGGUUUGUGGAUUGGCUGCACGGAUGCAGCCCAAGAGGGUAUCUGGCUUUGCGGAUGUCAACAUAUGACUUUCAGCAGUUGGAAUGGUGGCAAUCCGCACAACGACACCCAGCGCAACUGCGCCCGGAUGACGGUAUACGGUGCCGGGGGCUCUUGGGCCGACGAUGUUCCUUGCGGCAGCAGCAACAACCGCAAACAUGCAGCCUGCGAGAUGACGGUCUCUGCGGUACCAGCCUAUCACACCAUCACCGGUCCUGAUGGGCGGGUCCUCAAGCAAUGCCUCCUCCAUCACGACAUCAAGAAUCUGAAGGUAGAUGGCGUGCUUGCCUGUGGCUGGGCGUGCCUGGCCGAUCCCCGAUGCCGCUCCUUUAAUCUCUGGCAGAGCAGCAAGAGGGAAAAGAUGUGUCAACUCAAUGACGUCACUCGUCAUGCGGCUGACGGCAACGACUUCAAGGCAACCGAUAACUGUUACUAUUUUGACUUGUAAUAAAUGAUGGA